AUGUUGGUGGGAAGUCUUGCUUUGACAGCACUUCUAGGACUAGGAGCCAAAAUAGCAGACGCUGCUAAUACCACGCUCCCGAUCAUUGAAAUCAAAGGCAAUGCUUUCUUCAGCUCUGACAGUGGUGAAAGAUUUUAUAUUCGUGGUGUGGACUACCAACCUGGCGGGUCCUCCAACCUAACAGACCCUUUAGGAAGCGCCGAGAUCUGCAAAAGAGACGUGCCUGUUUUUCAGGAUCUGGGGUUGAAUGCAGUGCGUAUUUACACCGUAGACAAUACCCUGGAUCACUCUGAAUGUAUGCAGAUGCUAUCCGAGGCAGGCAUAUACGUGAUCCUGGAUGUCAAUACCCCGGACAGCUCCAUCUCUAGAUCCAAUGCGGAAUGCUCUUAUAAUGCGGACUACCUACAGACCGUUUUUGCUACCAUAGACGCCUUCGCUGACUAUAGCAAUGUCUUGGGGUUUUUCGCCGGUAACGAGGUAAUUAACGAUGAGACCAACACAGGCACCGCUACCUACGUAAAAGCGGUUGUCAGAGAUAUGAAAAAAUACAUGAAAGCCAGAAAGUACCGUCAGAUUCCCGUGGGGUACUCCGCUGCUGACGUUUCGGAGAACGUUCAGCUAGCCGCCAGCUACUUCAACUGUGGUGAUGACGCUGAUGCCCGUGUUGACAUGUUUGGCGUCAACGACUAUUCCUGGUGUGGUCAGUCGUCCUUCCAACAAUCUGGUUACUCUGCCAAAGUGAAAGCAUACAGCAAUUACUCAGUGCCACUCUUCUUGAGUGAAUUUGGCUGUAUCAAAACUACCCCAAGACCUUUCACAGAAAUUGGUUCCAUUUAUUCAACUCAAAUGUCGUCGGUAUUCUCUGGUGGUCUCGUUUACGAGUAUUCUAAUGAGGCCAACAACUACGGACUGGUUGAUAUCGAAAGCCAAACGUCCGUGAAUAAGCUUACCGAUUUUCAAAAUCUGAAGAAAGAAUAUCAAAUGACCUCCAAUCCACAAGGAGACGGCGGUUACUCGAAGAACGGCAACGUUUCAACUUGUCCAAGUUACGAGAAGGGUACAUGGGAAGCCAACAACACAUUACCCCCCAUGCCUAGUGCUGCUUCGGCCUUUUUUUCCCAGGGCGCAGGCCAGCCAAUGGGAACUGGUUAUCCCACUCAAUUUAGAUGCGGUGACGCUAACAUUAGUAACUACUUCACGGCUGAUGCAACCUCCUCUAGCGCAUCCCAAUCAGAAUCGUCGUCGGCGUCGUCUGGAUCCUCCACACCUCUUCAAUCUUCAUCAAGCAGUUCUACGAGUACAAGCGCCUCCAGCUCGGCAAAAAGCUCUUCCAAGUCCAAAGGCGGUGCUGUUGCCGCUGCUCAAACACCAUUAAUUUUUAAGGCCAUGGCUCACAUAUGGAACUACAUAUUGUGA